CCAAUAUGUCAAGACCUCUGAUCACUAGAUCCCCUGCAUCUCCAUUGAACAAUCAAGGCAUUCCUACUCCAGCACAACUCACAAAAUCCAAUGCACCCGUCCACAUUGAUGUGGGUGGUCAUAUGUAUACCAGCAGCUUGGCCACACUCACCAAAUACCCUGAAUCAAGAAUUGGAAGACUUUUUGAUGGCACGGAGCCAAUUGUUUUGGACCGUCUCAAACAGCAUUAUUUCAUUGACAGAGAUGGACAGAUGUUCAGAUAUAUACUAAAUUUUCUACAAACAUCAAAACUACUCAUUCCGGAUGAUUUUAAGGACUACACUUUGUUAUAUGAAGAGGCAAAGUACUUUCAGCUUCAACCCAUGUUAUUGGAGAUGGAAAGAUGGAAACAGGAUCGGGAAAAUGGUCGCUUUUCUAGACCUUGCGAGUGCUUAGUGGUACGAGUUGCCCCAGACCUCGGAGAGAGAAUUACACUCAGUGGUGACAAAUCUUUGAUAGAAGAAGUGUUCCCAGAAAUUGGAGAUGUGAUGUGUAAUUCGGUCAAUGCAGGUUGGAAUCACAACUCAACGCAUGUCAUCAGAUUUCCACUGAAUGGAUACUGUCACCUCAACUCAGUUCAGGUACUUGAGAGGCUGCAGCAAAGAGGCUUCGAAAUUGUGGGCUCCUGUGGAGGAGGGGUAGACUCUUCCCAAUUCAGUGAAUACGUACUGAGGCGAGAACUCAGACGGACAUCUCGUGCACCCUCCGUCAUUCGAAUAAAGCAGGAGCCUCUGGACUGAAUGGACAUGUUUCUUAUGCAAAAAAAAAGAGAGAGAGAGAAAGAAAGAAAGAAAAGGAAGAAGGAAAGAAAGAAAGAAAAGAAAAAAGGGAUAUUUGUGUGCAGUUGGGACACCAAACCAAGUCCUGGAAUGAAAAUCAAAUAAAGACACAUUUAUAUCAAAUAGAGACCAUACC